GUUGUUGACAUUAUAUUCAGGGUCUGAGAGUAUGCUUAUCAAGAAACCGAACGCGAGCUGGUGUAGUCGCGUGUGCAGAGAGGUUCACAAGCAGUUUUUGAUAUCCGAACACCACCCACUCAUCUCCGAUUAUAUACGGAGCUACCACGCUCUGUUGGAAGAGCGCCGGCGUUACUUUCUGGAAGGCAGGAGUGUCAUCCAUCCGCUUAGCAUGUUCAGGGCAUACGCUUUUAGCUACUUAUUACCAGAUCUGAUAUCAUCGAUUCCGCUUUCCUACGUUUUGAAUAAAAUACAAAGAAGGGGUAGCAAGGAUAUGUUGAUCCCAGACUUACUACCUUUAGUUCGCGGUGUGCGGAUAUUUACUAUUCUGGAUGACCUUACGACUCUCUUACAGGUGCGCUUUGAAGAUGCAUUUUCCGGGAAUGUUCCUAAGGGAUUCACGGGGUUCCUCGAUACAUUCAACGUUUCGCGUGCUUUCUAUGACAUCCCGACCAAGGAACGCUACAUAAAAGCGAUGUUUGUAGCUGCGUCUGCGUUUUUUAGUACUGGGUUCAACAUGUUCAAGACCUAUUAUGAGAGCGAGAUAAUAGUCAACUCUAUUAUAAUGUUAUUCGCAGUAAUGUUCAAGAUGUACUCUAUUGUGUACUGGCUGAAAACAUACAUGACCGUGUACAACUCGACUUUGCGGUACCAGGAGUUAUUGGAUCAAGUGGAGAACUUCAUGAGUCACCACCAGUUUCCUGGGACACUAACGAGGCGUUUGCGUGACUACUACCAAUAUCACUUCCAAGAGCUCUAUUAUAAGGAAUCAGUAGCUCUCGGCUACCUCUCAGCACAACUUCAGGAUGAGAUACGUCUCAAUUCUUACCAGAUUUUUGUGGACAAAAUGGUGGUCUUUCAGAAUCUGCCACCGGCAUUCUUGGGCAGAGUCAUGGGCUAUCUUGAACAUGAUAUAUUCUUACCUGACGACCUUGUCUUCCACGUUGGAGACUUAUGCAAGCACGUGUACUUCAUUUGCACGGGGACCCUGGCUCUUUAUACCGUGAAAGGAGUUGAGGUUGGUUUAAGAGCACAUGCACUGCACUUCGAAGACGGCGAUUUUGUCGGCGGGGUGUCGCUGCUGACGCAGAGCACCAGGCGCGUCACUACACUGGUGGCCAUUGAAAUCACGCACACCUAUCGACUGAGCUUAGAUCAUAUAAGAGAGCUCGCCAAAGUGAACCCGGCGUUGCUGAACCGUAUCAAGAAGGAGACGUACAAGCGCUUCACACAGAUCACGCAUAUUGACGAGCUGAUCCUCCGUGAGGGACCUCCCACGGACCAUUAG